UGUGUUCUCUCAUGUGAUCAUGUGGGUUUGAUCCAAGGUUUUGAGAGACUUAACAGAGUGUCAAUGCUAUUCAACUUUGAGUGCAUUUUGUUAAACGUUAACCUGAAGUUGAGUCCUGACCUGAAUCACAACAACCAAAGGUUAUCAGAAACUCCACCCUAUUACAACACUGACCAGGAAGAGACUGUCUCAUUAUUUCUCCUUUCUGUCAAACCAACUCUUGCGUCUCAAAUCAGUGAUCAGUGGAGAAUAAAGAGGAACAUUUCCAAGAAGGAUUUUUGAGGUGUUUGUUUUUGAACAGACAGCAGAUCUUUGUGAUUCCUGUGGUUUUUCAUUUUUGCAACAUCAUUCAGAAAGUGAAAGUAAAGUUUAGAUUGCUGGAGCUCAAACAGUGAAAAUGGCUUCGGCAUCUCAAGAUAAUUAUAUUUGUCCCGUGUGUCAUGAUAUCUUCACAAAUCCUCUUCUUUUAGCAUGUAGUCACAGUGUCUGUAAAGAGUGUCUUCAACAGUUCUGGAGAACCAAGGAAAUUCAGGAGUGUCCUGUCUGCAGGACAGCCUCAGAACAUGAACCUCCUCUUAAUCUGGUGUUAAAAAACUUGUGUGAGUCGUUCCCGAAGGAGAGAAAUGAUAGGCAUUCAUCAGGAUCUGAGGAGAUAUGCAGUUUACACAGUGAGAAACUCAAACUCUUCUGUCUGGACGACAAACAGUCUUUGUGUUUAGUGUGCAGAGAUUCACAACAACAUGAAAAUCACACAUUCAGACCCAUCAGUGAAGUGACUUCAUCAUAUAAGGAGGAGCUCAAUACAGCACUGAAGUCCUUACAGGAGAAACUUCCACAUAGUGAAAACAUUAAAGAAGAGUUUGAGAAAACAGUUCAACACAUCAAGUCUCAAGCUGAGCACACAGAGCACCAGAUUAAACAGCAGUUUGAGAAGCUUCAUCAGUUUCUCAGAGAUGAAGAAGAAGCUACAAUCACUGCACUGAGGGAGGAAGAGGAGCAGAAGAAGCAGAUGAUGAAGGAGAAGCUGGAGGAGAUGAACAGACACAUCUCAGCUCUUUCACACACAAUCAAAGACAUGGAGGAGAUGAAGAAAGCCAAUGACGUCUGCUUUCUGAAGAAGUUUCCAGUCUCAGUGGAAAGAGUCCAGAACUCACAGCCGGAUCCACAGAUGGCUUCUGGAGCUUUGAUUCAUGUGUCACGUUACUUGGGCAACUUGCCGUUCAGAGUCUGGAAGAAGAUGCAGGACAUCGUCCAAAACACUCCUGUGAUCCUGGAUCCAAAUACGGGUCAUCCACGUCUCGUCCUGUCUGAUGAUCUGACCAGUGUAAGACUCAGCCUGGACAAUCAACCUCUUCCUGAUAAUCCAGAGAGAUUUGACAUCUAUCAAUGUGUUCUGGGUUCAGAGGGUUUUAACUCAGGAACACACUGCUGGGAUGUGGAGGUUAAAGAGAGUUCAUGGUGGAGUCUUGGAGUAACUACAGCAUCAAACCAGAGGAAGGGACGUGAUUUCUUUAACACUGAUGUCUGGAGUGUGUGGUAUGAUCCAUACGGAGUGGAUGAACGAUAUGGUUUUCGUGUUAAACAGAAGCUUGAUCGUGUGAGAGUUGAUCUGGACUAUGACAGAGGAAUGGUGUUAUUCUCUGAUCCUGUAACUAACACACAUCUACACACAUUCCCAACCACUUUCACUGACACACUCUUUCCACUCUUCUGUAUGUAUAGUUUACCCUCUCUGAGGAUCUUACCGGUCAAUAGUCAGUAAUUGUUAAAUCUGUAGGUCUGGAUUGAGCUGCUUUCAUCAUGUUUCCAAUAUUUAAUCCAUAUCACAUGAGUAAGACUGCUGUUGAUUUGAAUAUCAGUAUGGUUUAAUAUGACUUGGCUGUGAUGAUAUCCAGCACUACAGCAACACUCACACUCUCAUAUCACUUUAAUACAACAUAUCAAUAAACAAGAAGUUUUUGUUGUAAAUGAAUAAUUAUUUCAGUCUAUAGAGGUUAAAUGAUUGUUUGUUUGUUGUAAUAAUACACACAAGAUUAGCAUUAAAUAUAUAAAAUAAUAUAUUUGUGAACUAUUGGAAAAUAUUUGGAUUUCUGCAUUGAUUACUCAUUAAAUGUGGUUUAAUCAAAAUGUAACUUUAAAAUUAUAGACAAACACUAUCUGACUAAACUAAUAAUACAAAUAAUUAGACUUUUCACGUUUUUAUAAUAUACAGUGUGUGUAAUCAUUCACAGAGCAGAGUGGAAAAAGUAAGUGAACCCUUGAAUUUAGAAACAAAAGCUGGAUAUUUUCAAAGGGAUCAUAAACGUAUUUGUGUCACUGUGUAUCCAAAGUGUUAUCUUCUCCUGCAUGAUAAUAAAAAAGUUUGUUCCAGUAACAACCAUUAAAUGCACCUUCAGUUCUGCUGACUCUCUAAACACACUUUUAUUACGUGCAAAAUCAUAUGUAUGCAAAUGUGAUUCGUAUCUAAUGUUAUUUCAUUUACAUGUACAGCAUUCGCCCUCCUCAUGUUCAUAUAUUUUUCACAUAUGUUUUACUUCAUAAUGUUUUGUUUUUGU